AUGGAAAACAUUAAAGUAGCCCUUCGUGUAAGGCCUCUAAGCGAUUCAGAGAGGCUAAGCUAAGAGGAGAACAUCUUUGAUAUUAUAAACAAUGAACAUAUUACUGUAAAUAGAUAAUUUAUUAAAGAGCUAUUGAACACAAAAAGAAUGAAUCUAACAACAAAAAUAUCAUACACAUUUGAUUUGUGUUAUGAUUAAGAUUCUUCAAAUUUAGAUGUAUUUAGUUAAUCUGUAUUGAGCGUUUCUGAGUCUGUAAUUCAUGGAAUUAAUUCUACAGUUUUUAUGUAUGGUUAAACUGGUAGUGGUAAAACUUACACCACGUUAGGUCCAAUAGGAGAUUCAAUGAAUACAAACAAUCCUUAUUAUUAUUAGAAAUCUCUUUAAAACAUGAAAUAGAGGGAGUAUGAUGGAGAUUUAGGUGUUCUCCUACUAGCAAUGAAUCACAUCCUAAAUUCCAUUCAAGCAAAUAAAGAGAAGACAUUCGCAGUUAAAUGCAGUUACUUUGAAAUCUAUAAUGAAAAUGUUUAUGAUUUACUGAAGAAUAAAAACUCUUUAGAUGAGGCUUUAUAAUUAAGUGAAAAUCAUUAAAAAAAAGAUUUUGUUAUUAAGGGUUUGAGAGAAGUUGAAAUUUAGAGUAUAGAGGAUAUAUUAGAUGUAAUAUACCAAGGAGAAGAAAACAGACACUAUGCAGAAACUAUUCUUAAUCAUUCUUCUUCUCGUUCUCAUACAAUCUUCAAAUUAUAUGUGCACUCAUAUGCUAAUGACUAGAUAGCAAAAUACAGAUAAAAAAAUUCAUCAUCUACUAUUAAUAUAAAUAAUUAAUAACUGUUAGAAUUUGCUGACAACCAUCCUAAUACAGUUAUAACUGAAAGCUGUCUUAAUUUUGUGGAUCUAGCAGGUUCAGAAAAAAUAUCUAACCAUCACUCAUUAGCAGAUGAUUUUACCAAAGAUAUAAACGUCAAUAAUUAUUAAAAUGAAGAAUAAACAACCUCAGCUAUGAAAAUGGUCAAAGAAAGGAUAAAAGAAAGCUAAUCUAUCAAUAAAAGUUUAUUUUUUUUAACUCAAGUAAUAUCUUUACAAAGCUAAAACAAAUCUUCUAACCACAUUCCAUAUAGAAAUUCUGCAUUGACUAAAAUACUUAAGUCAAGUCUUGGAGGUAACUCUAGAACCCUCAUCAUACUUUGUGUUACUCCUACAAGUACACACUUUGAAUAAAGCUUAAGCACAAUGAGAUUUGGAUAAAAUGCCAAAAAAAUAAAAAAUAGCAUUGAAAUUAAUUACAGAAGAGAUUUAUACUACAAUUAUUAUGAUAGAAAUAGUGAAUAAUUCCAUUCUAAUUAAAAUUUGCAGAUUGAUUUAGAUAAGAAAAUUAAGGAUAAUGCUGAAUAAAAAGAAGAAAUAGAUAAUUUGAAAAGAAUAAUUAAUGAAAUUAUGCAAGAAAAAAAUGAAAUUUUAGAGAAAUUGAAAAAACUCAUGAAAAGAACAAUUUAAGAAUAGAAAAACGAGUUAGAAAAUGAAAUUCAACAAAAAAUGCUUCCUGUUUAACUUCAUGAAGAAGCUGGCUUAAUAUUUCAUACAGCUGAAACUCUUAAAAAUAAUAAAAUUUAUGCAUCAAUUGAUAAGGAUGUUUGUAAUUUGCUCUAUGAUUAUGAAGGAAAAAUAGCCCUUCAAAUAAGCAAAAAGCUUAAUUCGUAGUUGAAAUAAUAUGAAUUUAAACAAAAAGUCCAAGAAUAAAAUUUCAAUUAAAUUUAAUAACAUUAUUUAUAAAUCUACAAUGAGCUUAUGGAUUAAAAAGAGGAGCUUAACAAUUCUAAAUGGAGAUAUACAGUCAUGGAAAAAAAAUAUAAAGAGCUAAGAGAAGCUGCAGAAGGAGCUUUAAAGAGAUUAGAUUUAUAUGAAAAUAUGAUAGGAAUCAAUGACAUUAGCAAUGAAGAAAUUAAUAACAUUGAAAAUUAAUUAUUUAGUGCUUUGGAUAAAUUGAAAUUAGAGAAAGCAAGGAGAAUCUUUAAAGAUGAAAUCAAUAGCUUAAAAAUAAAAUUAGGAUUAAAGUAAAACAGUAGAUCUAGCAAUUAGAAGGUCACGAAAGGAAAAUAAUAAAGAGGAAGUAAUAUAGAUUCAACAAUAAAUUCAGAGGAAUAAUUACAGUAAUUGAUGAUGCAAUAAUAGUAAUAAUAAUAACAAUCAAUGGUCUUACAAAAUUAAUAGUAAACAGAUAGUAAAUCGAUUCUUGAUAACUACUGCAACAAAAGCAUAGAAUUAAGAAAUGCUUUAUUUAAUGAUGAUUAAAAUGAUGAAAAGUUAAUGUUAGAACAUCUUAACUAGUAAGAAUUUCAAAAUAGUCAAAUUAGACAUGAAAAUUUAAAUAAACAAAGAGAACUCCUCAGAUAAAUAUUUUUUAAGAAUAUUGAUAAUUGGGAUGUUUAAUAGCAGUAAAUUAAGCUUUCAUAAAUAGAGAAUCUUAUGUUAGAAAAUUCUCCAUCUGUUUCUUCGAAUUUAUCAUAAUAACCAGUAUCUAAGAACAAUAAUAAAUAUAAUCACAUGAUUUCUUAAAGCAAAUCUCCUUCACCUUUAAAUAAAAUGCAAAAUAGAAAUAGUAACAAUUCUUUCUCUAAGCAACCUUCUCUUUCAACAAAUAAAAAAGUCAAAAAAACGACUAAUAAUUCUUAGCAGCCAUAGCAGCACUAUGAUGUAUCUCCUUUAGGCAGAAAGCAUCUUUCAUAUUCAUCGUAUGCAUGUACUCCUGAAGUAAAGAGAUAAACAAAAACAAAUAGCUCAAUGGUAAUAAACUCUUCUCAUAACGGAGCUCAAUCUAAUAAAAAGUAAAAUACAAUUAUCAAUGAUAACUACAAUACUCCUAAUCAUAAUGCAUACCCUUAAAUAAGUGUUUUACAAGUAAAUUACAAUCAAAAUGGCAGCCAUAAUAAUUAAAACGUAAUUAAAUCUAUUUCAAAAAUUUCUUAAGAUCAAAUAUCUCUGAUGAAUGAGAAUACAAAUAACUCAAAUUAGAUAAAUAGAUCUGCAUCUAAUAGCUCCAAUCCAAAUAGUAGCACUAAUAUUAGCAGUUCUAAAAAUCACUUAAAACUAAAUAUAAACAAAAAUAAUGUUCCUUCUGUAAACAAAUCAUUCCAUGUUGAAUCAUAAAAGCCUUCAUCUUUAAAUAAUCUAGGUCCUUCAAACAUAAAUAGUAAUAAUAGCUUCCAUCAUGGUUCUAGCAGUCAUAACACAAGUAUAGUUUAAAAUAACUAUAAUUAAGGAGACAAACAACAAUAAUAACAGCAAUAAUAAUAGUAAUCAAUAGCUACACACAGGACAAAUGAUAUAAGCAGAGCAUCUUCUGCACUUAAUCAGUAUGCUAACAACGAUAAGAGAUCAAAUUCUAGAAACAAUUCUUUCUAAAGUAAUUAGAAUAACGAAUAAAUAACUCAAUAAAAUCCCACUAGCAACAAAAAUAAUAGCUCAUCAUUUAUCUUAGAUCUUGCAUAAAAUUUGAAUAACAUUAACUAAAAAAUACUCUUGAAUAAAUCAUAAGAAACUUCUCCAGGAAGAGGAAAGAGUAGUACUAAAAAUAGUGCUUACAAUAGCUCAAAUAUUAGUGAAAUAAAUGAAAUAAAAGAAGAAAGAGAGCUUGCAGAAAGCAAUAGCUAACUAUCCACUAAAAUUCCUUCUUCAACAAGCAGCACCAACAAAACAUAAUUAAGCAACCUUGUAAAUCCACUGAAAGCAAAAAUGAAAGAAUUUAAAAAGAAUCUUAGCAACCAAGGUAGUGCCUUUACAAGCUAAGGUGAUUAUGAAAGUAACCAUAGUCAUUAAUCUAUUGAAGAUAUUACAACCAAGAAUCUAUUGAUAAAGCCAUAAAGAAUAACAGAAUACCCAACAAAAAAAUGA